CAUCCGGAGUGCGGUUUCGCCAAAGAGUUUGUCUGUUGUUGUGAUUCCAAGCGAUUGUCCGACUCUAUAGCCGACGGCCUCAACAGGAAUGGCGUAAUCGUCGCUCACGUGAACUCUUCGGCGAAGAACGCGGCCGACGAUAAGCUGUCGGAACUGAUGGACUCGUUUGUGGAUAACUUUGGCCACAGUUCGCCGGUUCUGGUGGUGAUCACCGGUGAUAUCAAUUUCGCAAAGACUAUACGCAAUGCCAUUCGUAAGAGUAUUACUGUUGUCUUAAUUCACAACAACUACUGUUCGCAAGACCUGAAGAAUCUGGUGAAAGAGUCGCAUCUGUUUGACGCCAUCAUCGCUGACGUCCCGAAGGCUCACUCCGACGACCGCCUGAAGCCCACGCACAUCAAAGUCUGUAAUUUGCCGACAGAUAAACCCAUUAAAGACAUUAUCACUCGAUUGUCUCAAAUGACAUCCAAUUGUGGCGGAAAACCGAUGAACAUCUUUGACGGAAAGGCAUUGAUUGAGUUUGGCUGCAGAGACGAUGCCAUCCGAGCCCUACACAGAAUCAGUGGUGACAACUGUUUUGGACAUGAAAUUCAAUGCAAACUCAUUGACAAUUUGAAGACCAGUACUGAAGCGCAAGAGUUUAAUAUUUGCAAAUCAAUUAUCACCGGAUUGUCCCUCAGAUGCGGUGAUAAUGUGACACAAAUUGUUCACAAAAUGAUCGCCAAAUGGGAAGACUUCAACAUAAACUCAAAACAUAUCGUUAGAGUGGAUGUACUGAAAGACAAUGAGCUGAUAAUAACCGCCGCCACUCCUGAAGCCAAUCAAAAAUUGUUAAAAUCCGCAAAAAAUCAUUUGAAAACUAAUCCAAGUAUUAAAUGGACUGAAAUGGAAGGAUAUGAAUUGGUGUCGGGUUUUGGUUGGAGUUUGAAAAUACAGGAACCAAUUGCUGACAACAGAAGAUCUGUUAUUAAGGGCUUUAAGUCAAGGAAAGAAGACGAUGUGUUGGAAAAAAUUAAAUCUUUGGUUAACCUUUUUGUGACGGCUGUCAGCGCCGAAGCGUCUAAAGCACUGGUCAGAGCCGCCAAAUAUCAUCUCAACCCCAAUAGUGGCAUAAAAUGGAAACGAUAUAAACAUAUGUCUCGAAACAGGAGUAUCUGCUCUAAACAUUUCCCAUGA